AUGCUGAUAAAAUCUUAUUCUUUAAUCCAAAUUAGAAAUAAAACCACAAUCACCAGCUUUAAACAGUGGAAGGAUACUUUAAUUUUCAAACGAUUUGAUGGUAAACAUGUUUGGAAUUUACCUAAAUUCAUACCGCAUGAGUAUGGAUUUAGGCGAAUCGCAAGGAAACCUCCGUUCUUCAAGUUUCGGAAAUUCGUUUUCCCGAAAAUUCAUAACAAAUUUCCUCACCAACUGAUUAACAGAACUCGUUAUUCACUAGUAAAUAGUUCAGAUCCCAUAACUAAAUACAUCUCUAACGGAUCUGAUGUAAUAAUAAGAUAUGGUUGGGAGUCUAGAUCCAGUGAAUACCACAGGCUUAGGGAUGAAAUAAAGCGUAAAUACAAGUUUGUUAACGUCAUUGGAAUUCCCUCCGACUCCGACGAGUUACAAAUAUUAAACGAAUACGAAGACGUUUUAAUCAACAUCACAAAUAUUAAUGAUGUUAUUUAAUCUUAUAACCUUGAACUA